AUGUCACGUUAUGUGAAUCCAAAUUUAAAAGGUUUUGACUCCAAUGCAAGAUGUGAGUAUCACUCAAACACCCAAGGUCAUAGUACCGAAAAUUGUUGGACAUUAAAGAAAGCUAUUGAAAAUUUGAUUGAAGCAAAGGCAAUUGUGGUGACAAAUAAUGAGGAUAAUCCUAAUAUCACAAAUAAUCCGCUCCAAGCUCAUCAUAAUACACAUUUUAUUGGGAUGAUUUGUGAUGAUCGGGAUUAUAAGCAGUCUGGCAAGACAGAGAUGAUUGUUGGGACCAUAGGCCAAGAGCCAAAAGUGGUAGUAAGCCCACCGCAAUUGGCACCGUUGAUUGUGAAAGGUGCAAGUUCUAGUUCAAGCAUGGCAGGUUCUGAAAAAAUGGUUCUCUACGUCCCUGGAAGCACAAAAAAGGUCGAGGUUCAAUUGGGUGUGCCAAAACUUUACAUCCCUGGGGGCAUUCAAAAGAUUGUUCCGAAUAAUGGUUUGAGAAAUAUAACAGAGCUAGUUGUGAUCCGACAUGUUGCACAACUCCCAGUUACAAACACAAAAGCUAUUCCCUGGAAUUAUAACAAGACUGUUAUGACAUAUAAAGGAAAAGAGAUAGUAGAAGAAACAGAUGAAAUGGGAGGCUUGACCCGCUCUGGAAGGUUCUACUCACCAGAGGAAUUGAGAAAAGCUAAGCAAGCCAGGGAAAGUCACUUGCCAGUGAAAGAACCCGUUGCAGAAAAAGAAGCGGAGGAAUUCCUUAAGAAGAUGAAAAUGCAAGAAUACUCAAUCAUUGACCAACUAAGGAAAACCCCUGCUCAGAUAUCUUUGUUAUCUCUGCUUUUGCACUCGAAAGAACAUCGUCGUGUGUUGAUCAAAACUUUGAACGAGGCAUAUGUCUCAGAAAAGACAACAGUGAACAAAAUUUCUUUCAGCGAUGAUCAUUUGCCUGAGGAAGAGGCUGGGCACAAUAAAGCUUUGCAUCUUAUGGUCAAAUGUGAAGGGCAUUACGUAAAAAGAGUCAUGAUUGACGGAGGCUCAAGUGUAGAUGUAUGCCCUCUUUCUACUCUAAAACAGCUGAACAUUGACACUAAUAGAAUUCGAACUAGUAGUGUCAUCAUCAGAGCUUUUGAUGUUUUCUUCUGGGAAGGCCAUGGAUCCAUAUGGCCAGAGCUGUACCAUCCACCCUACAUCAAAUGGUCAAAUUCGAGUAUGACAGGCAAGAAAUUAUUGUUCAUAGGGAGGACGACUCUUCCGCCUAUAAUGACCCGUCCAUUCCAUGUAUCGAGGCCAAGGAAGGAUGUGAAUCCAUCAUAUAUCAAGCAUUUUGAGGUGAUUGAGGUGGACCAAGUGGAAGAAGGAAAACCAAUUCUGCAUCCCCGUCUUUCAGCCACAUAUAUGAUGGUAGCUUCGUUGAUGCUGAGGAACAGUUAUGAACCAGGAAAAGGAUUAGGAUCCUCUCUGCAGGGAAUUGUGAACCCCAUUGCUCCUUUUUUGAAGAAAGAUACCUUUGGCUUGGGUUUUAAACCAAUAUCAGCUAACAUAAACAGAGCCAAGGCGCGCAAAAAGAAUGGUUGGAAUUUGUCCAAACCAGUCCCUCACAUUACUUACUCUUUUGCCAAGCCACAAUUUGAAGAAGUCCAAAAUCAUGCUACUCAGGAUGACAUUGAUGAAGUUUGUCAGGGUAUCAAGGGGAUGUUCUAUGAGAUCAAUAUGGUUCAAGUUGGUGAGGGCCCUAGCCGUGCAAGUGUUCAGCUGAUUGGUCCAGAUACCUUGCUCAACAACUGGGAAGCAACUCCGCUUCCCAUCAGGAAGGAGUCUUGGUAG